AUGAAAAACCUCGAUGCGCACAAGUACAUUAAAUUGGUGAAUUUUCUAAACAAGAAGAAAAAGUACCCCCAGUUUAAUUUUAAAUAUGUCAAAGGCGAAGACGGAUGUGACCUUCAGCUAGCCAAUUAUGUAAAUACAAAGAAAGGAAUAAUACGAAAUGAUGCCUUAAGAUACACAAAUGACAGUGCAGUCUCGAAGAUACUACGUUCCAAUGUGACCGAGCUUGGAAAUGAGUCGGCGGUUUCUUCCACGCAAAGCAAAGGGGUGGAAAGGAAACUCUUUUCAUCGAAUGGAACUAAAGGGAAGAAGAAUAAUAGCAACCUGGGCAGGGGUUCCCAAACGAAUGAAGAUUUAACGAUACAGAUCGGUUGCAAAAUGAAACAGACAGGAUGGAGAAAGGUAGAUAUACUACCACACGAUGAUGGACUAGGCCAAGUUAGUCGACACAAGAAGGAAGACCAGGUCAAUUCCAAAGUGAUGCGAAUGAAUUGUAAUGGAGCAUCAUACGAAGGUGUUAAUCCGAUUGAGAGGAGAAGCAAUCUACACAGAAAUGACGAAAUGAACAAAUUAGAUUUUUUGCAAAAGAGGGAAUCCCCUCGAGAUGGGUAUAACAUGGAAGGAGGACAAAUACACACCAGGGGGAGAAUCACCCAUUUAGGGGUUAACCAUCGAGGGGGUCGUUACACCGUUAGUAAUGGUGAUGAAGGAAGCUACGAAACGGGGGAGAAGAACCGAGAUGUCAAUACCAUCCAAACAGAUGAAGGAACACAAAGAGAGUUAAGUAGCGAAGAAAAUUUUGCCAAGGUGAAAAUUACAAAGGAAAAUAUUAUAAUAAUGGAUAAUUUGAAGGAAGAAGGACGAAAGGGAAAAAAAACGAAAAAAAUGACCAUGACGGAGGAGAAGGAAAAUAUGGAUGACGAUGUAGAGAUGGUAGGGACCACCGAGAGAAGUGAUGGGCAAGAAAAAUGCUUCAAGGUAGAAGGGACACAAGGGGGAGAAGAAACAGGUGGUAGUACUGAUGGAGGAAAAAUCGAUGAAGUGACAGGAGAUAAGCAGAAGAAAUUAUACGGUGAUAAUCCAAAUGAGCAAGAAAAAGGAAAAGAAAAUGAAAAUGAAAAAGGUAGUGUAAAUUUCCAAAUGAAGAAUGCCAAGGCGAAUAAGAAGUGCCUGUACCCACAUGAAAUAGUGGAGUAUUUGAAUAAAUAUAUUAUAGGACAAACAGAAGCAAAGAAAGUCGUAGCUAAUGCAUUGAGACAGAGAUGGAGAAGGAUACAAGUAGAUGAAGACAUGAAGAAAGAUAUCAUUCCAAAGAAUAUAUUAAUGAUAGGACCAACUGGAGUUGGCAAAACGGAGAUAGCAAGAAGAAUUUCCAUGUUUGUGGAUGCACCAUUUAUCAAAGUGGAAGCGACCAAGUUUACUGAAGUAGGUUUUCACGGUAAAGACGUUGAUCAAAUUAUUAAAGAUUUAGUCGAAAUAGCGGUGAAGAGACAAAAAACAAAAUUCGAAAUUGAGAUAAGGGAACAAGCAGAAGAAACGGUAGAAAAUAUUAUUUUGUAUUCUCUAUUGGGAAAUAUAAAAGAGGAGGAGAAAAAUAUUUGGAGAAAAUAUUUAAAAGAUGGCUCUCUAGAUGAUAAGACUGUCAGUAUCGAUAUUCCCAACUAUGUAAAUAAUAACAUGUUUUCGAACGACUCAGUGGAGAAUGCAGUUAAGGAAGCUCUAAGCAAUCACCAAAAUAUUAAGAGCGUCAAAAUUAUCCACCAAAAUAUUAACAAACAGAAUGAUAAAAAAACGAUGACUAUACGAGAAGCGAAGCAGAAACUGUUGCAGUUAGAAAUCGACUCCUCGAUGAAUCAGGACGUUAUUCUAAAAACAGCUAUCAGCUCCGUAGAAGAAGAAGGAAUUGUGUUCAUUGACGAAAUUGAUAAAAUUUGUUCCAAAUCGAACUCCUCAUACAACGGACCUGAUGCAAGCGCGGAGGGGGUUCAAAGAGAUUUACUGCCCCUCAUAGAAGGAUGUGUAAUUAAUACCAAGUAUGGAAAUAUCAACACGAACUAUAUUCUGUUCAUCGCUUCGGGGGCAUUCCAACGAGUGAAGCCGAAUGACAUGCUCAACGAGCUACAGGGAAGAUUGCCUGUCCAUGUGAACCUCUCCAGUUUGACCAUAAAAGAUUUUAUAGAAAUUUUAACCAAGACACAUAAUAAUUUGCUGCAACAAAAUAUUGCCCUGCUGAAAACGGAAGGCAUCGAUCUGCAGUUUACCGAUGAUGCCAUUGAAACCAUUGCCAAUGCUGCACAUGACAUGAACUUUUACGUUGAGAAUAUCGGCGUGCGAAGACUGCAUACCAUCAUAGAGAAGAUCAUGGAGGACAUAAACUACGACGUUUAUAAUUAUGUGAACAAAACAAUUGUCAUCGACAAGGAGAAGGUGAAGAAGUCCCUCGAGGGGUUCAUUAAGCAGUUCGACUUGAAGAAGUACAUCAUUUGA